AAUGGGUGAGCUUCAGUCCAGAAGUUACAUCAAAGAUGGAAGAAGUCUUCUCCCAACCCUCUAAUGCCAGCUUCAACCUCGGUGACGUUGAAUCAAGCUUAAAUGGCUGGACGGUUCACUUCGACACAAUGGAGUUAGAAAUCUCCGAUUCCCCACCAAGAAAAUACGUCUGGAUCCGUCGGCUGUCUACCCCAUCAUCUGCCCAGUCUGCCAAUGGAGCGUGGUCAACGAAAUGGGUGUGGUACUGGGAAGACAAAGCAUCAUGGUGUGAAUAUGGCAGUACCAAGUAUGUAUCACCAUCUAACAUUACGUCUGAUGAUAUAGAGCGAGCGUACCUACAGAAACAGUCCAGCUACAACUUCCGAACAGACGAGUUCCCCUACAUUCUUGACUUCACUGGGAUGUACCAGCAGAACUUGAAUCCGCGUUACUCUACCAUGAGACUUGUGCGAAGGCGUCCAGUAUUUGUCCAAUUUAAGACAGCUAGCACCACGGACACAAGCCAGCCCUCAUCUAUGACAAAAGGAUCACUUCCAACAUCCUGGAAACCAAUGCCACAGAACAAAGCCUUCAUUACAGUUCCUCUGGCACCUACAAACUCAGAGUUUAAAGAGGUGGAGAAGCUUUUCAGACAGACAAUGGGAGACGACAAGGUCAAUCUAAAAGUUGAGAGAGUGCAGAAUCCGCGCCUCUGGGAGAAGUACAAAAUGUGA